AUGGGUGGACAACCUGAUCUCACAAUAGUAACUCCAAGUAACGGCUUUAACGGAUUCGUAAUAGAACUUAAGACCCCAAAGGGUACAGGUGAAGUCAAGGACAACCAGGUGUCAUGGUUAGAGGCACUAAACAAAAAUGGAUACCGGACACUAAUAUCUAACGAUUACACAAAGAUAGUGUUAGAUAUAGAGGAGUAUUUCAGGGUCGACAAAACAAAGAAACUCCUAAAGGAAAUAAAGAAUCUUACGAUAAAGUGUAAGACUUUAGAGUCUAGUAAGUGCAAGGAAGUUGUAAUUAGACAAAUUGGUUACAAAGUAGGUAAGUACUAGAGUGCAAAUGGGAAGUGAAGGAAUGAAACUUAAGAAAUGCUCGGCAAAUACUGUCGGGCAUUUUCUAAGCAAUCCCAUUAUACUGCCAAGUAGAUUUGAGACAUCUUGCAAGUAAAUUCAAGUUAUUCUCACCAGUUAUCUCACCAGUAGAUUUAAGUUAUCUUACCAGUAGAUUUGAGUUAUCUUGCAAGUAAAUUCAAGGUAUCUUACAAGUAGAAUUAAAGGUAUCUCAUAAGAUGAAACCAAGUUAAACCUAAGGUAUCUUACAAGUAGAAUGGAAGAUAAACCUGAGCAAAUUCAAGUACCAGUAACGAGUGAAAAGAAGAAGGACCCAAAAAGAGUAGCUGCAGGGAAACGACUAGCGGCAAUCAGUAAAAUAGCAAAGGAGAGGAAAAAGAAACUGGCUGAACCUAGGGAGUCACCUAACAAUGACAGCAUGAUUACCUACAUAGGAGUGGCCAUUGCAUUGAUAUCUCUUGUGCUAGCAUAUAAAACACAACAGAGGGAAACAAAGGAACCAGAAUCUGAGUUCAUCCCUAAAACUGUAGAAGUAACUAAGAGACCUGAUGAAUCUAAGUUAGAUUCACUUGAAUGA